AUGGACACUUCGAAAAUAUCCGCCCAAAUUACAUGUCCGAUUUGUAUAUCGCCUAUUAAAGAAUGCUGUGUCACCAAAUGUGGUCAUGCGUUUUGUAAGUCUUGUCUGGAAGAAGCUUUACAUUUUAAUCCCCGAUGUCCAUACUGUAAUACGUCAAUGUUGGUCACAGAAUUCUAUAGAUUUUAUCAAUACGACUCACUUGUGUCGUUACUCAUUCAAUCACAAAACACCGUCGACCUUCCAACAUCACCAAAUUUGGACCAAAAAGUCGAAAAGGAAGAACCAAAAAACACAAAGCAAAUGAUUUCAAUUAAAACUAUUAUCAACGACAAGACACGUGGAGAGCACUCCGAAACGGUUAACACUCCAUGUGACUUAAAUUCAUUAAUAAAAGAUGAUGUACUUGAUAAUAGUACUAUUUCUCUUGCGCUUUCUUCAACCACUUUCCCAUUCAUUUUAACGCAACCUACAACACCUUUGUCAAUCACUAUAUCAUCGCAAAUUAAAGAAAAGAAGUUAUGUAUUAGAUAUAGAUUUGUAAAAGGAAUGGUGGAAACAUUUUACAUUUGUCACACAUGUAAUGUGAAAUUCAUUUGCUCGUCUUGCGCAGAAACAUGCCACGUGGGUCAUGACAUCGCCCUUCAUCUUAAAAUUCCUUGUUCUAAUGCAGUGUGCUAUUGUCAACGUUCAAAGGUAAAAUGCCAACUCACACUCGACACUAAAUAA